AUGGUUCUCGUGGCCGUGGAAAGGACUCCAGUGCUGCCGGUGAGCAGAACAGCGGUGCGGACGGAUGAUGUCGUCUGCCUUGGAGGAUUACGAAAAGCUCGCGAUCUUCGGCACGGUGCGGGCGCGCCGUGGUGCCGAGCUCAAGGUCCUGAGUGCCGUGGAGACCAAGGUUCCAGGCUACUUCGACAAAAUCCGCAACGAGGCUGGAUACUACAGCAUUCAUCUGCAUCUACAGGACGGUACAUGGGGCACCGACACAAUGACGUUCCAAGACGACGAGCUGUCCUACGCGCUUGGGAAGCAGGGCGGGACAAGGAAGAAGCUGGAAAAGGCUUCCGGAGCAGUCGUGCAGUACGUCGGCCAGGCAUUGGGGCAGCAUGCACUGACACGAGAGACAGGCUAGCGCAAGGAGUACAUGAAGUGGCUCUUCGACCAGUUGGAGGGUCCAGUGUAUGUAAACGGCUGGGAGGACAGGGACGAUUGCACCGUGGUAGACGUGCCAAGCGAGUGCAUCGGCUAUGUCACGGGCGCUCGUCGUGCGGCACUGGGCAACAUGGAAGAGGAGUGGGGCACCCUGAUGUUCUUCAUGAACAAGGAGGCGCAGAACGGCGGUGGCAAGGGCGCCCGGGGGGGCCGCGGCACCUCGGAGCAGCUCGCGAUCUUCGGCGCUCGCCGGUCGCGGCGUGGAGCAGAGCUGAAGAUCAUGAGCGCCGUGGAGACAAAGAGUCCCGGCGUCUUCACCCGGGGAGUCCGCGAGAAGUUCAGCUCUGCUGA